AUGCAAGCACAGACACAGAUCCUGAGCACAGGAAUGGGUCUGCUUUCUGUAUUGAUAUUUCUGGCCACUGUGAUCCAUCAAUCUACAGGACUGGAAUGGAGUCAUGAAGCUGCUACAAAUGCCCAAAGUUUGGCAAAUAAUUGCAUCCUGCAAGUUAGUAGUUUGCCUAAUAGAAUUAUUGGUGAUACAGUAUAUGGUGAAAACAUACUUAUGUCAACUUUUCCUACCUCCUGGGAUGAUGUCAUCCUUACUUGGAAGCUACAGAAAAAGAAUUUUAUUUAUGGAGUAGGGACUGUCAGUAAAAAUGAUUACCUUGCCUACACUCAGAUGAUCUGGUACAGAAGUAAUAAAAUUGGAUGUGGUGUUGCCUACUGCUCAAAGAAUAAAUAUAAAUACGUUUAUGUGUGCCUCUACUGUCCAGCAGGGAAUGAGGUCACUUCAUUAGCAACACCUUACAAGAAAGGUGCCAGAUGUGCAGAUUGUCCUCAUGCUUGCCAAGAUGGACUCUGUACCAACCCUCGUCCACAUGAAGACAAAUAUUCAAAUUGCAAAAAGAUGAAAGAUACAUUUACCUGUGAUUUCACAAACAUCAAGCUUUACUGUAAAGCUACCUGCAGAUGUACUAGUGAAAUAAAAUAG